UCCGUCAAGGGUUUCUCGUGCUCGCCGUCUGUUCUUCUUCCUACCCUCAUUUCAUCGAUCUGAAGGCGGCGAUCGAGGCCGCGCCUCAAGAAAUCCAUCGAUCCUUCCUUUGUGCGAGAACAUGUCGCGAGAUCCGGCUAAAACGGUGUACAUAGGUAAUUUGGAUGAAAAGGUGAGCGAGCGAGUCUUGUAUGAGAUACUGAUUCAGGUAGGUCGUGUAGUGGACCUGUAUAUUCCUCGGGAUAAGGAAACUAAUCGCCACAAGGGAUAUGCUUUUGCGGAAUAUGAAUCUGAGGAGAUUGCAGACUAUGCUGUUAGACUCUUUUCUGGCCUUGUUCGUCUCCAUAAUAAAACACUUAAAUUUGCGAUAUCUGGGCAAGAUAAAUCCUCUCAGAACAACAGAACACCAAAGACACCUAAGCCAAAUUCUCCACCUAUACUGAAGCCAACUUCGGUACAUACACGAGAAAUAGGUGCCUCCCGAGAGUAUUCACAGUCACUAGUUUAUUACAGGGUUUCAGGCAGUGUACAUUCUUCUCCCAUUUACCCUGAAGCAACAUCUAAUGGCUUAGUAAGCCAAGGUAUCGGCAGUGGCAACUAUGAAUAUACAAGGCGUGUAUUUGGGGCUAUGUUGAACAAUGUUAAUCGAUGGGGUGGGACACAUCCAAUCGUGUAUCCAUCCUACUAAUCUUUCUUGUUUUUAUUUGGUCGUAUUUUCUUGUUAUCAGAUAACAAGUAGUGACUCCUCUAGAUGUAGCUUUCUACAGAUUCUCCUUCGUGCUCUCAUAAUUAAACUGUCCUUGUUGGUUACCUGUGGACAUGCACUCACUUGCAGUUCACAAGUAUCAUCAUGGUUGUUGUCAGCUUUGAUCUAAUGUGACUGCAGGAGGACAUGACUGUUUCUUGUAAAGUGCUUUGGUCGACCAAAUGUGGAAAUAUAAGAUAGUAGUGUGUUUCAUGAUUUGUAA